UGGGGGUUUUUACCCCCGCCCCUGUGUCGGGAGAUGUUUCUCCGAGCCCUAUUUUGGGCCAUCCUCACCUGGUCCUCCGCUUCGGCGCAACGGAGCCUCGGUUGCCCUGACCGAGAACGAUGGACCAGAGUUGGGUGGGAGAUACUUCCAGAGGAAAUGCCCCAACUGAAGCGUCCUCUUCACGCUCCGUUAUACUGUCUGCCUAAUGCUCUGGAUGACUCGUGCCUCCGUAUUUCCACCUACGACCUGUUCCGAAUAUGUAUGUGGUUCUUAUGUAUUGUUUGUACGGGUCUGCUAUUUAACGUCGUCUCUCUGGCUCUAUAUCAUCGUUGGACCGAAGGAAAGCAGCGUCUGGAGAAGCCGGAAAGGGUCCCGUCGGAGAUCGACGACGUUCUGAGCGUUCACCAACUGCUCGUAAAACUCCUGACCACCUCGGAAAAGAUAUUAGAGCGCGUGGAAGAGAUGGCGGAAAACCUCCGCGUACAGAAGGGCAGGCGCAGCCACGCCGACGGAGGAGCUGAAGCGGAGGGAAAGCAGGAGGCCUUCCCCGCCUUUCCCGUUUACCCCACCACUCCCCGCACUCCCCCGCCUAGCCUGGCAUCCAUUUUUGAUGACCCAAGCCCCUGA